GCUGGUAAAUGGCUCUGCGACAGCGUGCAAUCACAGAAACGGUGGAUAAAAGAGAGAACAAGAGAGGAGAGAAAGAAGAAAGAAGGAAAAAAUCACGUGGUUCGUAUCUCGAGUGAAAUGUGUCUCCAGGAGUUUAAGAAGAACGUAAAGAUUACAUAUAUGAUGAGGCGUCACGUCAUUUGAAAGGGGACAGGGAAAUCGAAAAGAGAAAAAAGAAGGAUAAGAGAUAAGUUCCAAUAGAAAAUAGAAAAAAAUGAAGAAAAUACAAAACAUUAAUUAGUCUAUCUAUUUCAAAUUGAGAAAUAUGAAUAACACAGAAAAUCGAGAUCCUAGCUUCGCCAAAACGAGAAGCGACACUGUGUUUGCGUGGAAGCCAGACAACACACUGAAACCCUACAGCAACAAAGCAAUUAAUGCACGAUUUCCUCGCCAAACCCCUCCUCUAUUCCUCAGAGAAAACGCCCAUUUUCAUGCAACAAGCCACGCCUAUCUAAUGAAACUGAUAAUACUCAUUAUGACGAUGUGUUUGAUCAAAGCUGCGAAUAGUUCGAUCGUACCAAACAUUGUGGAAUAUGGGAAUUGUGCUUCACUCGAACUGCCCCAAGACUUCAAUAUGACAAGGUUCAGUGGAGUGUGGUUCCAAGUGGAGGAAAUCCCCAACACUUAUGUGGACGUGAAGCAGUGUAUGCGCACCAUCUACCAGUGGGAUGGAUCGGCUCUGCAAGUGCUGACAGAAGGCCUCGACGAGUAUGGUGACAUGGCUGAGCAAGAGACAACCAUCAGUGUGGUGAUUCCCGGGAACUACAGCCAGGACAAGCCUUACCUACAGAUCAGGUCAGAUAUAGUUCCUCCAGUUCCUUACCACAUCGUCGACAUAGACUACGACGCGUUCGCUUGCGUCUACUCCUGCUUCGACUUCUUGGGUCUCAAGGCAGAGAUUUACUCCAUUUUGUCUCGGAGUCCCGAAGCUUCGAACGCAACGCUGUCCACGUGUCGGGAUUCGUUCGAAGCGCUCGGACUGAGUCUCGAGAAGUUGGUGUCCGUACAGCAAGGAGAGCAGUGUUGGUACAGCGAGGGAGGUGCGAAUACAUCGUCGACGCUAUCUCCCAUUUCCUUAGCCGAAGACGAAGCCGAAGAUGAAGGAUUCGAAAGAGGCUUGGGAGACGCCCUACUUUCCGCGGCGGAGGAGGUGGCUGGAGCGGUUGAGAGGGCGGAGGAGGAGCUGUUCGGGACGGCGGAAGAAUAUCACAAGACGACCACAACACCUGCAGAAAAUAAACAACCACAGGAGGAUUUGAGGAGGAGACGCCCAAAGAAGAAACAGAAGAAAAAGGACGGUUCUAGAGGAAGGUCUUACCCCGUGUCGCCCGCUGUCUCGUCUACGCCAUCUUUUGUUUCUACAGAUGGCUCUCGAGACCCCAAUAGCUCCAGCUCGUCCUCACCCGCCGAGGAGACACCCUCUGGCAGCGAGAGACAUUCAGGCGGCGCUGCGACCUCGACUACAACACCCGGAUUUAUCGUCGUGCUCCAGCUGGUUGCCUUACACGUCUGGACUGUGUUAAGAUAGGGUUGCGUACUGGAGAAGUUUCUUUGUAGUCUGCGUGUAGGGCUUAGAUUUGUUGUUUAUGUUAUGUAUUAGAGACUAUUAAUAUUCUGUUAGGUUUAGUCAAUGUAUUUCAGUAAUCAUUCUGUCCGCGCGUGCGCGUGCAGGAGUGUGUGUGUGUGUGUGUGUGUGUGUGUGUGUGUGUGUGUGUGUGUGUGUGUGUGUGUGUGUGUGUGUGUGUGUGUGUGUGUGUGUGUGUGUUGUGUGUGUGUGUGUGUGUGUGUGUGUGUGUGUGUGUGUGUGCGCGCGCGUGCUUGCGUAUGCGCGUAUACAUGCAGUAAAUAUGUAUAUGAAUAAAUAAAUAAAUGAACAAAUAUGUGGGUGAAUAAAUAAAAUGAAUAAAAAAAACAGGUAAUUACGCAUUCACAUA